CCGGACUGGGCAGCUCCCAUGUGGGGCUGGGAGAUCAUGGCGGGGUGGGGCCAGGCAGCUGCAGGAGGGGAUGUGGUUUGCUGGGCGUGGCAGGGAGCUGGCUUUGCUCUGACCAUGGUAGAUUUGAGGAGGAGAGUUCAGAGAAACAAUCUGAUGGGGAAGAAAGGGGCUGAACACAUCACGGGGUUCCUGGGGCUGCAGCCCCUGGCGCUGUUCCUCAUUCCGCUCGCACUCGGGCCUCAGGCUGGGUGGAGCUGGGCACUGGGGCGUUGGUGGCGGCGCUGAGGGGCCCCCCACUGCCCCAUCAUGGCGUCUGCUCUCACCGUCCUCCUCGGCUGCUGGCUGGCUGGGCGGAGCGGGGCGUUGGGACAGGGGUUCCUCCCCAAACCCUCCAUCUCCGUCAGCCCCGGUGGGGUGAUCCCCGUGGGGGGAAAAGUCACCAUCCGGUGUUGGCAUCAGCGCCUGGGCAUGAGGUUCCUCCUCUACAAGGAUGGAGACGGGAACCAUCCGACGUACACGGACCCUGCUAGUUAUGUGGCUGAAUUUCCCAUCCCCAGCGCCAGACGGGAAGACGGGGGCAGCUACACCUGUCGUUAUAGCCACAGAACAGGACCAGCUGCCUACUCGGAGCCCAGCGACCCUGUGCAGAUCAUUGUAGCAGAUCCCAGCUUACCCAGACCCUCCAUCUCUCUGAGCCCCACUGGGGUCACCGCUGCAGGGGCAGACGUCACCAUCCGGUGUCAGGGUCCGCCCUGGGACGUGAGGUUCUUCCUGCACAAGGCUGGAGACCUGAACCCGCCGCGACACAUGGACCCUGCUGGGGACGGGGCCGAGUUCCACAUCCCCACCGUGGGCCGGCAGCACGGAGGGAGCUACGGCUGCAGCUACCGGCCCCGGUCAGAGCCCUUCGUCUCCUCGCAGCCCAGCCACCCCGUGCAGCUGGUGGUAGCAGGGGGAACCCACCUGACCCAGCCUGGAGCGGCGCCGGCUCCCACCCACGCAGGCAGGGCGGGGUCAGGUGGAUCCAAAUCGCAGGCACCUUCCGGUCUGACCAGCCCCAUCAUCGCCGGGGCGAGCGCAGCAGCCGCUGUCCUCCUCCUCAUCCUCCUCAUCCUCGUGGCCUUCCUCUGCUUCAGAAAAACCCGAGACAGAAAAGAAGCCGCACCGAGACCGAGGAGCACCAUCCCGUUGAGGAUGUUGAAGGCCCCGGCUCAGCAAGACCCCAUCUACUCCUCCGUCGACGAAGGGAAAGAGACACAGACCCUGCCCCAGGAGCCCGACCCUGGCACCGAUGGUCUCACCUACGCCGAGCUGGACCGCCAGGCGCUGCAUGCCAAGCCGGGGGGCCCGGCUCCUGCCCCUGAGCCCACCCAGCCCAGCGUGUACGCUGCGAUUAACGUGAGCCGGGGGGCCCCGCAAUGAGAGCCCCUCACAGACAUGGGGCGCCGGCCCACAGGGCGCCACAGACUCACUGACUUUAAGGCCAGAAGGGUCCAUCGUGAUCAUCUGGUGUGAGCUGCUGCACAUCGCAGGCCACAGAGCCUCUCUCGCCCACUCCUGUAGCAGGCCCCUCGCCUCCAGCUGAGUCACUGACAUCCUCAGAUCGAGGGCUACAGACUUCGAGUUCCAGAGAAUCCACCACUGACACGAGUUGAAACUUGCCAGUGCCUCGCGCCCCAGGCCACAGACGAAGGUGAACCCCCCCAGGGUCUCUGCCAGUCAGACCCGGGGGGGAAAUUCAUUCCUGACCCCAGAUACAGCGACCGGUUAGACCCUGAGCAUGUGAGCAAGACCCUCCAGCCAGACACCUGGGAACGGAUCCUCUGUCGUCACUCAGAGCCCUCCCCAGCGGGUGUCCCGUCUCCGGCCGCUGGAGAGAUUUGCUGCUAGCAGUCGCAGAUCGGCUCCCUGCCGUUGUGAGAUGUCUCCUUAUCCCGUCCCCUCCAGAAACGUCUCAAGCUCAGUCUUGAAGCCAGUGAGGUCCCUUGGGAGGCUGCUCCAGAACUUCGCUCCUCUGGCGUUGGGCCGUGUGUACACUACAGAGUGUUGUCAACAAAAGGCGCCACGAUGACAUCGUUAUUGCGCAUUCCCACUGCGCUUCCUCUGCCGGCAGAGCGCGUCCGCCUUUGGUGUGCCAUCGUCCACAGCGAGAGCAGUGCAUUGUGGGUAGCUGUCCCACCGUGCUACUCGGCACCUUCUGCAGCUAGGACUUGUGGGCAGGCGGGGUGGAUCGCAGCGCAUCAUGGGGGCGGCUCAAGGUCCCGUGGUGCCUUAUUUUCUCUCCCAGCGUCCCACGCUGUUCCGACUGCGUUUCGCGGCAUUUUCCAACGGCCCCUGUUCCCGGGGCGCCCGCCACCCCUGUGCGAAAGGAUGAAUCCCGCCCGGCUCUCCACUGCUGUGAACGCAGCGCGGCUGGUCAGGCAGUAUGUCACGAGCUCCCAGUCUGAACAGGGAUCAGAGCUGCCCGAGAGGCUGGGUGCCAGGGGAAGAAACAACACCAGCUUCCUUCUGGCAUCACGGGGCGGCUGCACACGGCGGAGCGUCGCUUUGGGGCUCGGGAAACGUGCGCUGAGUGGUGGGAUCACAUUGUUAUGCAGGUCUGGGACAGGUGACGUGUGUGUGGGGGUGCGUGGGGGUCACAUGUUCCCCCCGAUUUCUGCCAGGGUGCGAGUUGGCCUGUGCAUGGGAAAGGCACCAGCAGCGGGUCCUGCCGCUGAGACCCACUAGGUGUGGCCCAGAGCCGGGAAGUGAGACCGGGCUGUCAGCGCAGCUCUCUGCCGGAGGGGGCGCGGGGAAGCCGGCUGAGUCCCAUCCCUUCCUCGCCCGGCAGCCGCUUGGUCCUGUGAGAAUAACUCCUCUUCACGGGUGACACAGUUCUGGUGAACUAAGUAUUAAACCAGCAGGGAAAUGUAUGUACCUGCUCGAGUGCGGGUCUGAACUAGCCUGCCUGGGUGUGCAGAAGGGAACUCAGGGAGUUGG